AUCAACAAUCAGCCGAUGUUGACGGUGGGUACUCUAAAUGGGCUGACUGGACUAAAUGCAGUAAGACGUGUGGUGGUGGUACCAAGGUAAGAGAAAGAACCUGCACCAACCCUGAACCCAAAGGAAAUGGCAAAGAUUGCUCUAGUUUGGGACCAGCUGAGGAAACGGCACCUUGCAACCAACAGGCUUGUCCUGACCCUGAUGUGGAUGGCAAAUGGUCAUCAUGGCAAGCAUGGUCAUCAUGUUCUUCYACUUGUGGUGGCGGUGUUCGAGUUCGACUAAGAAGAUGUGACAAUCCAGCACCAUCAGGACACGGCAAGAAAUGUCAGGGRCCCACUGAGGAAACGGGACGCUGUGCUGAAGACCCCUGCCCAAUACCGUGUAUCAAAGCAUUGGAUAUUGGAAUCAUUCUCGAUGGAUCAGGAAGCGUUCAGCUGCGKAAUUUUAAAAUAGCUCUUGGAUUCAUCGAAGAUCUCAUCACUCACUUCAAGGUGUCGACCGAUGGGACUCAUUUUGGUGUMAUUACGUACAACCAUCGAGCACAACUUCAGUUUACAAUGGCGGAUAAACGAUAUCACAAUUUUGUGGAUCUGAAAUCGAAAGUCAAGUCAAUCAGAUACACUGGAGGGUGGACCCGUACCGACAGGGCUUUAGARAUGGCCGCAAGYAGUUUGUUUACAGCAGCUGGUGGUGACAGAUCGGACAAACCCAACAUUCUGAUCGUCUUUACUGAUGGUAAAACUAACCGAGGAAGCAAGGCGUACGCAGAAGUACUCAGACCAUUGCAGCAAAAAGGUGUUCGAACUCUUGCGGUUGGUAUUGGAAGUGGAAUCAAUUAUGAUGAGCUGCUUGAGAUAGCCAUGGAUAAUCCUCAUUACGUGGUCAAAGUUGAUAAAUUCGAACAUCUGAAGAAUAAGUUGGACAUUAUUCUGGAAGAUUCUUGCCAAGGUAGCCCACCAACUACUCCAGAGCCAGAAUGUACUGCAGAAGGUCUYCCCCUUGGAAUGGAAAACCGCAAGAUUCCCACAGCAUCUCUCAGUGCAUCCAGUAUUUGGGACCAUAAUCAUGGGGUUGACCGUGCKAGACUGAACACUAAGGCAGGUGGUGGUAAAACAGGUGCAUGGUCAGCCCGCUACAACGAUGUAGGUCAGUACUACCAAAUCGAUUUUGGAAAAGCGGUAAAAAUAUCGAAGAUAUUGACACAAGGACGACAGGAUUACAAUCAAUGGGUUACAAGUUACUCCUUGUCAUACAGUCAAGAUAAUGGCGUCUACAAGCCUUAUGUGUACGAACKAGGGAAAGGCAAAGUGAUAUUUUCUGCUAACAAGGAUCGCAAUACAAUCAAGUCCAACAAACUUGAUGUUCCAAUAUUUGCCAGGUAUCUCCGUAUUCAUCCAGUUAGAUGGUAUGGUCACAUUUCAAUGAGACUGGAGAUUUAUGGCUGCACUAAAGGAUUCAAUCCUCCAGUAGUCCCGACAUGCCUCUCUGCCCUUGGRUUACAAAGCGGAGCAAUAAAAGAUUCAAUGAUAACGUCAUCAUCCCAUUGGGACAACAAYCAUAGGGCAGCCAAUGGCAGGCUUUAUUUUCAGAAAGUAGGAGCUAGGACUGGUGCCUGGUCAGCGAGAUACAACAAAGCCAAUCAAUGGUUGCAAGUUGAUCUUGGUAAAAUGGGAAAAGUGCGAAUGGUUGGUACCCAGGGACGCGCCGAUGCUGAYCAAUGGGUUGUGAAUUAUUGGAUAUCGUACAGUCGUGAUGGUAUAUUUUGGGAGAGAACUGAUAUUUUUACCGGAAAUUCAGACCGUCAUUCCGUUGUGACGAAUCUUAUCGAUCCUCCAAUUUAUGGUCGAUACUUCCGUAUUCACCCAAGACACUUUCACCGACACAUUUCUAUGAGGGCUGAGCUCUACGGCUGCACAUCGGGUUUCGUUGCCCCACCGGUCCCAUGUUCUGAUGCCUUAGGAAUGAAAGACAGGUCUAUACCAGAUGCAAGCAUUACAGCGUCUUCCAUGUGGGAUGCAAAUCAUGGACCUGCGCUAGCACGACUUGAUUUAUCCAGGCAUGGCAGUAAACGGGGCGGAUGGUCUGCAAAGUCCAAUGACAAAGGACAAUGGCUUCAAAUCAAAAUGAAUAAAAUCAGUAAAAUAACAAGGAUUGCCAUACAAGGUCGUCAAGACUACAAYCAAUGGGUCACAUCGUUUACUCUAAAGUAUAGCCAAGAUGGCGGYCACUAUGUAGACUAUCAAGCAGGAGAAAUUCUUACUGGGAACCACGAUCGAAACACUGUGAAAGGCCACGUCCUUGAUCCACCAAUCAUUGCUAKAUAUAUUCAAGUGUUACCUAAAUCGUGGUACGGCCAUAUAUCUAUGAGGAUGGAGGUCUAUGGAUGUACAUCAGGUUUUCAGUUACCGCCGCCUCCCAGCUGUCUCAAGGCACUUGGUGUCCAGAGCAAAGCUAUAAAAGACGCACAAAUGAUUGCUUCGUCUGAAUGGGACUCCAAUCACGGUGCUAGUAACGGAAGGCUACAUUUCCAGAGAGCAGGACGUAAGACUGGUGCCUGGUCUGCAUUACGUAACAACCGUUACCAGUGGCUUGGAGUUGUUUUUGGCGAUUUUGUCAAGUUAACCAUGUUCGCCACUCAAGGACGUCAAGACCAUCCGCAGUGGGUGAAGACGUAUAAGCUAGAAUACAGUCUCGAUGGCUAUGAGUAUAAGACCUACUCAAUAAAGGGACAACCAAAAAUAUUUGGAGGAAACAGUGAUCAGCAUAACGUCGUCACCCAYCYUCUUACUGAAUCCAUCUACGCCCGCUAUGUACGUAUUGUACCAAUCACGUGGCAUAGGCAUAUUUCGAUGAGGCUUGAGUUUUAUGGAUGYAACGAAGGAUUUGUUCCUCCCAAUGUUCAUAAGUGUCGCUCUCCACUUGGCCUUGAAAGUGGCCUCGUAAAAGACGGUCAAAUGACUGCAUCAUCGCAGUGGAAUCAUGCUCACCGUGCAUCUAAUGCAAGAUUGUACUUUCAUCGUGGACGUGGAAGAACCGGUGGAUGGUCGUCAAGACACAAUAACCCUACUCAAUGGCUCCAGGUUGAAUUCAAGAAUCCAACAAAAAUCGUAGCAGUUGGAACUCAGGGCCGUGAGGAUUAUAACCAGUGGGUWACAAAGUAUUCCCUGCAAUACAGUGAAGACGGCAUCUUUUGGAGAGAUUAUACAAACAAAGCUGACGAUAAAAGCAAGUUAUUCAAUGGGAACRCGGACCGCUACUCAGUUGUACGUCAUAUGCUCGAAGAGCCGAUCAUUGCUCGUUUUGUCAGAUUUCAACCAAAGACAUGGUAUCGUCAUAUUUCGAUGAGAGCUGAGUUGUACGGCUGCAGACAAGGAUUCGCAGUGCCAAAAACUCCAUGUUUCACCUCACUGGGGCUGAAGAGCAAGGGUUCCUUCCCAGACUCCAAAAUAACAGCUUCGUCACAGUGGGAUUCGAACCAUUCUCCCGCUCAAGCUCGACUCGAUACGAUUAGAUCCGGUAGAAAAACUGGUGCUUGGUCUGCCAAGGCUAAUGAUAAAGGUCAGUGGAUUCAAGCAGACCUGGGAAAAGUACACAAAGUUACUGGUGUUGUAACCCAGGGUCGKCAAGACUACAAYCAGUGGGUCAAGAGAUAUGAUGUCGAAUACGGCAACGAUGGGGUACAGUUUAAACGAUAUGGAAGUCUAUCAGGAAACAGCGAUCGAAACACUAAAGUUGGUCACAUUCUCAAACCUGCAAUAACUGCAAGAUACAUCAGACUUCGUCCUACGAGAUGGCACGGCCACAUCUCUAUGAGAUUUGACUUAUAUGGAUGUUUUGAAGGGAUUGUUCAGCCAACACCUCCAGCUUGUAUGAAGCCCUUGGUUCUAUCAGGCAGCCAAAUGUCAGCCUCAUCCCAAUGGCAYAGCAGCCACGGGCCAGCAAAUGGACGUUUGAACUUCCAUGCUGGGCAUGGUCGAACAGGGGCGUGGUCAGCAAGAGCCAACAAUAAAGACCAAUGGCUGCAAGCAGACUUUGGAAAGGUUAUGGAAGUACGUCGAUGCGCGACACAGGGCAGGCAAGACUAUUCUCAGUGGGUUAAGAAAUAUACCGUUUCGUACAGCUAUGACGGGACAUUCUGGACUGACUAUCCCAUCGGACGGGGUUUAGUGGUCUUUGAUGGUAACACAGAUCGAUACUCUGUAGUUGGACACAACUUUAAUCCACCAUUUUCUGCUCGCUUUGUAAGAUUAAAUAUAGUAUCGUGGCAUGGACACAUAUCUAUGAGACUACAAUGUUACGGAUGCGUCAAAGGAUCUCAAGUAUCGCCCGAAAAAUGCAUUGGCGCUCUUGGUCCAAAGAGUGAACAAAAUCCAGGYUCUGUCCUUACUGCAUCCUCCAUGUGGGAUGCAAACCAUUCUCCUUCUAGAGCAAAGCUUGGGACAACCAAGAUUGGCCCAAAAAGAGGUGCCUGGUCCGCAAAAUAUAACGACAAGGGCCAAUGGAUACAGAUGGAUUUUGUCAGGGUCGUCAAGGUAACGCGUCUAGGAACUCAAGGACGUGAUGACGCUAAUCAGUGGGUGAAGUCGUUCAAGAUUAAGUACGGUGUAACACGAUUCUUUGAAUACUACAACAAAGGACAACUCUUCCACGGUAACAGUGAUCGUAAAACAAUAGUUGGUCAUGUUCUUGAACCACCAAUCAUAGCAAGAUAUAUCCAAGUCCUACCAAUGUCAUGGUACGGUCAUAUAUCCAUGAGACUUGAGUUUUAUGGAUGCACCAAAGGAAAGAAACCAGCCAACCCACCAUGUCACAGCCCUAUGGACGUUGGAGUCAUCAUGGACAGAUCAGGCAGYAUUGGCUCYGCUAACUUCAAGAAGUCUCAAGACUUUGUGAUUAAAAUGAUCAGGCAUUUUGAGUACGCUUCAAGUGCGUCGCGAUUUGGCGUCAUUGCGUACAACUCUGUUGCAAAUUUGAUCGUGAAGUUUAGCGAUAAGGCGACUCAGAAUCCACAUGCCUUACAAAACCUUGUCUAUGGUAUCCGCUAUCUCCGAGGAGGAACCCGUACUGACAGAGCGAUCUCUUUAGCCAAUAGCCACCUUUAUUCUUCCAGCGGUGGUUACCUUAGCAACAGACCAAACGUUUUGUUUGUGUUGACUGAUGGUAAAACGAACAGGGGGAGUCAGGCCUACAGCACUGUUCUAAGACCACUAUUGGGAAAGAAAGUAAAAGUGAUUGCUGUUGGUGUGGGCAGUGGUAUCAACAAUAGAGAACUCCUGCAAAUUGCCAAUAAUCAGAGCAAAUAUGUAUUCCACGUCAAUGACUUCAGCGGUUUGUUUGCAAAACUGAAUGCCAUUUUGAAAGCUUCGUGCCCAACUUGAACAGAUACUUGGAAUCGUCAAAGAUGCGUCUAAAAGGGAAACAUGAUUCGAAAUAAUGUAGUCUAAUAGCAUAAACACAUCUCUAGCUUAGUUCAUUUAUUUUUGGGGGUUGAUUUGGGGAAUGGAUUGACAGUGCUGAAGUACGGGGAUAWYAGUUAUGGCAUACAGCUAUUUCARAAAACAUUAGUAGUGAAGAUAUAGUKCAUUCCAAUACCGAAAUGCAUUGCUGGCAGUAGUAUUACCGUUAAAAGUGGUUUUUGUUGUUAUCACUUURUCUUCGAUGGAAAUCAGAAAUGUCCWUUUGCACUCCACUUACGAAGAAUCCACUGAAACCAAUGUGAUUGCGGUCUUGGAAUUCACGAUCCAACGUCACAGUAAAGAGACCCYUUGUAGUUCAUAGGAAUAUAGCUCCACUGGAAAACAUAUUAACAAUAGAUUCUACCUUCCUAGAGGCAAAAAUCUUUUGUUUAUCCUCCAGUUGAAGUUGCUUGACGUCAAAUGCAAGAGGUCUAUUCCAUACUAACGCUUUUUGAAAAAGCUGUAUAUCAAAAGGGACUUUGUUUAUCAUAUUUUGCUUAAUCAUAUGUCUGACAAGCGAGGUGGUUGCUUAUAGUUAUAUGUUAUAAUGCAUAUGUUUUUCUCGAUUCUUUCAUUAAAUUAUCAACCAGUCUCAUAAUAAUAUGACAAMUACAAACAAAUUGGUUGUUUCCUAGGAURAUGAUCGCUAUCUGCCUCAMCUCUCCUCGCUCCUAGUGUACUUCYUCUGUCUUGUAAGAUAUAUGGUUCGGAUCUCUCGUGAUUAUCCCACUGAACAAUGAUAAUUAGUUUAGUUUUAUUUAUUUUGUUCAUUUAUUCAGAAAUCUGUACUUUGAAGAUGUGUUUCAAUAAAUCAGAGCUACUUCAAGUAUU